AUGGACAUCGUCCAAAUAGCAUGUGCGUUCAUGGAGCAAUGGCAGCCAGACACGAAUUCGUUCCACAUGCUUUUUGAGAAGAUAACCAUCCUGCUUCAUGAUGUCCAGUGCAUUUUGUCCAUCCCUGUGGAGGGAGAGAUGAUGACGGACGAUCCCAAGUGGGAAACAGCGAAGAACCAGUGUAUGAGUCUUUUGAACAUAUCUGCGGAAGAUAUGAAACCCCCGAACUAUAAGAGUGGAGCUAUGUUAGAGUCAUUUGUCAAGGACCGAGUCCGGGGUAGCACAAACCCAGAGGUGGUGUGGAAGCCAUUCGGAAUAGAAGGCAGCAUUGUUCAAUACUGGACAAAUCAGUGGUCCGACCUUACUGCUAGAGCUAUCAACAAGCUGAGGGUGACCGAUGACGAUUAUGACCCGGAAUUACAGAAGGAAUAUGAUGAUCUCAUUCUUCACUGGAGCCAGGCGCGUUGA